AUGAUUUCUCAGAGAGACAACGUAGAUGUGGGAGUUAAAGCGGAGGCGUUGGGCGGUGGCUCUAGGGAUUCUUCGACAGAUGUGGAUGAGCCAUCAAAUUAUGGUGUGGUGGUCAUGGAAGAAAAGACGGGGAAAGUCGAGAGAUUUGUAGAAAAAUCAAAAUUAUUUGUUGGUAACAAAAUCAAUGCGGGAAUUUAUCUAUUGAAUCCUUCUGUUCUUGAUCGAAUUGAACUGAGGCCCACCUCGACUGAGAAAGAGGUAUUCCCGAAAAUUGCUGCUGAUAAUAAGCUAUUUGCAAUGGUUCUACCUGGGUUUUGGAUGGACAUUGGACUGCCAAGGGAUUAUAUUACUGGCCUGAGACUGUAUCUAGAUUCGUUGCGAAAUAGAUCUUCUACUAAAUUGGCAACUGUCCCUAACAUCGUAGGAAAUGUCUUGGUGGACGAGACUGCCAAAAUGGGAUGUUUGAUAGGACCUGAUGUUGCAAUAGGUCCUGGUUGUGUAGUUGAAGCUGGAGUUCGGCUCUCGUGCUGCUCGGUGAUACGUGGAGCGCACAUCAAAAGGCACGCCUGCAUUGCAAGCAGUAUCAUCGGCUGGCACUCCACUGUCGGGCAACGGGCUCGCGUAGAAAACAUGACUAUCCUUGGAGAAGAUGUUCAUGUGAGCGAUGAAAUUUACACCAACGGUGGUGUGGCUCUUCCCCACAAAGAGAUUAAAUCUAGCAUUUGGAAGCCAGAGAUAGUCAUGCUUAGGCUAUGA